AUGGAGGUGGAGACCGAAGCUGAGCCACCACCUCCGCCGCCGCCGGACCUCGCCGCAGUUCUCGAGCACGCAACCCUAAUGGCGAAGCAGCUCCCGUCCGCCGCGGACGCAUCCCAACUCCUCCGAAUCCACGCCGCGCUCCACGCGGCCCACCACCGCCUCUCUCUCUUCCUCCUCUCCCCCCACCACCCCCCGCCGCCCGAGAAUUCGGUCUCCUCCGCCGCGGGCGGCGGCGAGGAGGACGGCGAGCCCAUGCAGACGGAGGAUGACGCCGAGGAAGAGGAGCAGAACUCGCGGGCCGCCACCAGCGCCGUCGAGAAGGUGGCGUGGCGGAUGAGGGAGUGCUUUAUACAGAACAAGCGCCCCAAGCGCCUCCUCUCGCCUUCCGCCGCCGCCGCCGCAGAGCAGCGCCGCAGCUUCGAGGUUGAGGCGGAUAGAGACGCCGCCGCCGCCGCCGCGGCGGACGAAUUUGAUCCCCUGCGGACUAAGCUGCGUGCUCUCGAUUUGAUUCAUCAAUUUCAUGCUUAACAAUUUAAUUUCUCCAUUUAAUUACUGUAAAUCGUGUUGUGAAUUACUCCACAAAAUUCUCUGCAGAUCUUUCAAA